CGUGAGCCUUCAAAAUCCAAACCCAACAUAAAAUAUAUGCACAUAUAUGUACGGCGGCAGGCACACGCACACAUUGAACGUUACUCGGCUCGGUGCUGCUUGGUGCUGCUGCUUCAGCAUUGAAUUGAGCAUCAACUCAUGAAGUGUGGUGGACGGUGGUUGACAGUGCAGUGCAGUGCAGUGCAGGUAGUGUGGCGGCCGAGAGUGUGGCCGCACCGGGGCCCUCUUACUAACAUUUCAUUUAACUUUGUAAUUUUAAAUCUAUCAAUGCUGUGUAAAGAAGAAAAAAAUUGAAGGAUAUAAAAGUGUAUUUAACCUUCAAUUUCCUCCGAGUUUUCUUUAUGUACAUUUUGCAAAUGUGACAGUUGACAUUUUGUUUUCGCUCUGCAAAUCCAAUCUUGCCCCAUUAUUUUCUCCCCUUCCUUUGAGUGCCACCAGUUGCGUGUUGCGUAAUACGUGAAACCCAUGGAAAGUAAAAACAACAACACUUUUAUCCUUAUGGAAAAUGUUUGGUGUUUUUUUUCAUCACUUGAUUGAUGAUUGAGCCAUUCUUACGAGCAGCAUCACUUAAAAACAAUACUACUCUGCUGGCAUCUGUCGGUGAAUCGAAAUUAACACACAGAGAACAACGAUUGAUAAAAGAACAAGAGCUUUUCGUACAAGAAUAUGGCGAGUGCAACUUGCUUCUGGCCUUAAUAAUAGAGGACAACACAUACCGCAGGAUGGUGUUAGUGGUAAAUGGGGUACUCCAAGAGGAGCCUCCCGCAGAUAGCAGGUCUUUGUAUUUAGCCCACCCAGUGUACAGAGAAUCUGCAGCACAACUCCACUCUAUGCCAGCUAAAUUGGUGGGCCCGGUUGGUUUGCUUUAUGUGCAACAACGAGAAAUGGCUGCAACUCUCCCCCAUGACAAAAAUGUGAGUAUUCUGGGCUCGGAUGACAUGACGACAUGUAUUAUUGUUGUCGUUAAACAUUCAGGAUCUGGCGCAGUAGCGUUGGCACAUUUGGAUGGAGCUGGGACUGAUGAUGCUGCUACUUGUAUGGUGCAGAGGGUAACUGAGUUGGCAAUGGGAUUUCCUGAGGGGAGGAUUGAAUUGCAACUCAUUGGAGGUUAUUCAGAUCCUCGGAAUUAUUCUGAAGAACUAUUUUUCAAUAUUCUUUCGGCAUUUCACAAGCAGCCUAUUGAGAUUGAUUUAACACUGUGCUGCGUGGGUGAAUUGAACACGACAGCGAGAGGUGGUAUCCAUUGGCCUGUCAUUUAUGGAAUUGGACUGAAUGUCAAGACUGGUGAGAUAUUUCCAGCGACAUUUCCGGACAAGGGACCCGAUCAGGCUUUGAGAUCUGCUAGGCACUUGACAGGUGGCCAACAGGUUUUAGAUGUUUAUGACUGUAGUUUGGGACUCUUGAGAAUCGGCCCUUUUAAUUACGAUCCACUUCGUGGAGUUGAUCUUUGGCUAGCUCAAUCAGAUCAGUUCAUUCUUCAGCAUCUUUCUACUUCACCAGAUGUAGAACCGCCACAUUUUGUAUCACAGAUAAGAGCAACGCUCAAGUACAUCCAGGACAAUCAAUUUCCGGCUGUGACUGUCUUUCGGGACAACAGGCCUCACUAUUAUCGCCGAGAUGAGGCCACUGGGGUUUGGCAACCAAUUCGUUAUGAUACCAAUUUCUAAAAAAUACCGCAAACAGCAAAACUAUUCGAAAUGUGGUUGUAAAUAAUUGUUUCACUAAUACUUGCCGCCGGGCUUACUAGUAUUUUUUAUCAUUAUUUCAAAAUUUACCAUCUCAGAAGAAGAAUAAAAAUUACAUAGAGCCGUCCCAAGAUGAAGGUAAAAUUAUAUGCAAAUUAUUAUGCAACGUUGAAUGAAAAAAACUUAUACAAGUGAUUGAAAAUACUGACAGUUGACUCAUUUUAGUGAAAAAAAUUAGCCGGCUCGGAUUCCGUAUGCGAAGCCGUGAAAGAAAAGAAAUGAAAUUAUUCAUAACAUAUGAAGAAAUAUAUUUUCAUUAUACAUUUAGGAGCAAAAAAUUGUCAAGAUUUAAAUAAUAAUUUUAUUCAUCUAUAUAGCAACAAGCAAUUGAAAGAGAA